AUGCCAAGGAAGGAAAAUAGUGGAGGGAAAGAGGCCAAAAACACUGAAAAAGAAGCUGUUGCUAAGACUAAUCCAGACGGCAGUGGACAGGCAGCAUAUUCUCUGAACGAGAAGGUGUUGUGUAGACAUGUGGAUAACUUGUACUAUGAGGCGAAGAUUAUAUCAGUUGAUAAGAGUGCAGAGGAUGAAUUGAUCUAUACUGUCCACUAUCAGGGCUGGAAUCAAAGACAUGAUGAAAAAAUUCGCCACAGUGAGACGUCUGCACGUUUUCUCGAGCAUACUCCAGCGAAUGUAGAGAAGGCAAAGGCAGAGAUGCGAGAUGCUCAAGCGCGUGUGAGUCAAGGUAAAAAGAAGGGUAGACGAUCGAAUGCCGGUGUUCUCGAUGAGAAGAAGAAUGAAGGUUCAGAUAGUCGUCCGAGCACACCGUCUGAAAAGCGUGGUGCAUCAUCCAGUAGAGCCGCAAGUAUCACUUCCGAUAAAGGUGCAUAUGGUGCAUCGACAGCUGCGUCAACAGUGUCAACAUCGUCACGUAAACGUGGCCGAUCGACGCAUGCCGCCACAGAGAGCGAAAGGAUGCCGGAUUUUGUACGUAAGGAAGAGAUCAAAAUUGAGAUGCCGAUGGUGUUGAAAGAUAUUCUGGUGGACGAUCAAGAUAUGAUCGUUAGACAGUUGUAUCUGGUGCGUGUUCCGGCACGUUUCACAGUUGCUGAAAUUAUUCGACAGUACGCCGAUUAUACAGGCACAUCGGUGGAGGCAAAAGAGCAACUGAAAUUAGAGUAUACCGAUGAUACGCAGCUGAAGUCGAUGAUAGUGACUCUGAUCGAAAGCAGUCUCGGGGUACAGGAUUACUUCAAUACGGCGUUAGGCACGCAACUUCUGUACAAGUUUGAAAGGCCUCAAUAUCUAGAUCUUCUCAACGAGCAUUCCAAGAAAAAGGAGAGCAGCAAAGAAGGACCAGCGGUGAAACGAAAAUGUACAGGUGACGCGGCGAACACUGCCUCUGAAGAAGGGAGUACAAAUGAAGAAGUCUUCAAGCCAUCCGACUAUUAUGGAUUCAUUCACUUACUUCGUCUGUUCGUUCGUUUUGGUAGUAUGCUGAGUUGCAAUUUUGAUUUCAGUUUAACUUCGUGGAGUGAUCGCGCACUGCAGAGUAUCGUCAGUCAUGUGCACAACUUCCUCAAGUUCCUCGAAGUUAACAAGCACAAGUUCUUCGAUAUUGAACUUGACUAUGAAGUGGCAUCGGCUGACUAUCAACGCCGUGUGUGGACCACUUAG